UGAUGGGUGCAGUUGUCCGGCAGCAGUCAGUCUGUGGUCAGCAUCAGUCCGACACGGAGACAUAGUCUACUGAAAGGCUUUAGCAGCCACCAUAUCAACGAUGGAUCCUUCCUCCCAGGACGGAGAGGACACUGAAGCCUCCGUACCUCUCAACCCUGUCCAAGAGUCCCUUGACCAUCAGGAAUCCCCGGCUGCAUCCUGCUGGCUCCUCUACUUGAAGCCUGUGGUUGCCAUCAGUGUUGGCAUGCUGCUGUUUGGAUCAGGCACAGCUCUGUCCCUGCUCUACUUCACACAGGUGCGAAAUGUCUCCUACCUGCUGGGGCCACUGUUCCUCUCUGUGGGUCUGAUGUUGCUGGUCACUGGUCUGGUCUGGAUCCCCGUGCUCAAACACAGCCUGGGACACAAAGCGCUCACCAAGGUCAACCAUGGCAUGGGGCUCCAAGUGGACCACAAACACCACUGAUGGGGAAUUCAGACUGGAACCUUUGUUUCUUUUCUGUAUUUUAUUUGAUGAAAAUGUCAAAGUUUGCAGUAAAAAUGGUGGAGUUUGUAUUUUCUCUCACACACAUGGGUUAUUUUCUGCUGUCCAUCUGUCCCACUGUGAUCCAUAGAGGCUCUUCUGCAUGCUCGUUGGUCCCUGUGUUAUUUAUUUAUUUGCCUUUCUGCUCAUUGUGGCUGCUGGCUGGCCUGUGUAAUCCUUUAGAACAGGAUUACCGAGGCAGAGAAAUGCCAGUGGACAUAUCCAUCUCUGAUUGUUCUGACAUCAACAUGGCCACCAGUUGUAGACCACCCAAUCCCCACCCCUACACACACACACACACACAUUUUAGCUUUGUGCUGUGGCAUCAGGCCAAAGCGAAUGAAAUGAUCUGACAUGAUCUAACCUGCAGUCCAUCUGUCUGCGUGCAGUAUGCAAAUACCCUGUCAGAAAACAACUGUUUGUGACACAGAAACAGAUGCAAACAUGAAUAUCUGUUAAUAUAGAAUGUUGGACAUCAUUCACUUUCUCAUCUUUCUGUUUCAGUUCAUAGGUGAAUGGAUUUGUUAAUUAAAUUUUUUGGGGGAAAUUACAGCAGUUUUUUGUGAACUUGAUUCAACUCUCCUCUCCCCACGCAGUGCAGACUUUACACCAUUCAGCCCUCAGUACCUACACCCAUCAAAGAAUUCAUUCACCCAUUCUUAGAUGAAGAUUAAGACAAUGAGUGACAAAAAAAUCAUUACAGCGAGGAAACCUCUUUCACUGUUCAUAUGCACACCUGACUGUUGUUUUAAGACAACACUUGAAAAAUUGUGAACCUAUUUUUUAGGCUCACAAAGGUAAUCAGGGCUAUUGCCGUGCACUGCAUACUGCAGUAUCCUCCUGUAUGUUCCUGUUAUUUGAUCCACCACUAUAUGCACUGCAUAAUAGGCUUGGAAGACCCAGUCCACACAUAAAUACUCCCAACUUUUUCUAGCCUAGUUAUGAUCAGCCUUACUGACACUGGCAUGCCAGGUAACCUUAUGUGUUCUUCCCCUGAUGUCUGCCUGUCAGUCAGGUCAGUAAGUAUUUCACAAUAA